UAGUUCUUGGUCAAGCUCCUUAGCUCUCCUUGGGUUUAGCUUGCACUUUCUUCGCAGGUCUUUCCCCUCUGAGGUAGAAAAAGCCCACGGGCAUCCUGGAGGGAGAGCACACGUAAGAUGAAAUACAAAGCAGCAGCUCUGAAGCCUGAGCACCUGAACUUGGCAGCCCCAACCCAGCUUGGCUUAACUCAGCCUCACUGAACCCAGUCGGAGACUCUGGGCUCUCUGCACUUGCUACAGUGCUCUGAUCCUAGACUCCUCUUCGGUUUCAUCUAGAAUGCUGUGCAAGGCACUUUGCAGGUUUGGUAAAAAGCUGGUACGUAGACAUACACUGGCGCAAUACGUGGCUAAGAUUUCUCCUGCCGGAAGACUGAGCACUCUGGAUAUAGUGGCCCUGGGUGUGGGCAACACAGUGGGUGCAGGUGUGUAUGUCCUGGCUGACGAGGUGGCCAGUGAAAUAGCAGGACCAUCCAUUGUGAUCUGCUUUUUGGUGGCUGCCCUGUCUCUGUGCUAUGCAGAGUUUAGGGCCCAGGUUCCCCAAUCUGCUUCUGCAUAUCUCUACAGCUAUGUCACUGUGGGUGAACUCUGGGCUUUCAUCACUGGCUGGAACCUUAUCCUAUCUUGUGUUACUGGUACGGCCAGUAUGGCCCAGGCCUGGAGUUUAGCUUUUGAUGGCCUGAUUGGGAACUGGAUCUCUCGGAACUUGAGUGAGAGGAUCUCACUGUAUGUUCCCUAUGUCCUUACAGAAUAUCCAGACUUCUUUGCUGUGGGCCUGGUGGUGUUGCUCACCGGAUUGCUGGCUCUGAGGGCUAGUGAGUUUGUCCUGGUUACUAUGGUGUUCACAGUGGUGAAUCUUUUGGUUCUUGGUUUUGUCAUCAUCUCUGGGUUCAUUAAGGGGAACCUGCACAACUGGAAGCUCACAGAAGAGGACUACAUAAUGACCAUGUCUAGACUCAAUGACACUUCUAGCUUGGGUCCUCUGGGCUCUGGAGGGUUUCUGCCUUUUGGCUUUGAGGGAAUUCUCUGUGGAACAGCUACCUAUUUCUAUGCAUUUACUGGUUUUGACAGCAUUAUUACUGCUGCCAAAGAAGCCUAGAAUCUAAAGCGUUCUGUCCCCAUGGGCAUUGUGAUUUCAGUGUUCAUCUGCUUUUUGGUGUAUUUUGGUGUCUCUGCAGCACUUACGCUCAUGGUGCCUUACUACCAGCUUCAACCUGGGAGCCCCUUGCCGGAGGCAUUUCUCCAUAUUGGCUGGGCCCCUGCCUGCUAUAUUGUGGCUGUUGGAGCCCUCUGUGCUCUUUCUACCGGCAUCUUGGAUUCUAUGUUCCUCAUUCGUUGGAUGAUCUAUGUGAUGGCAGACGAUGGCCUCCUGUUCGGUGUCCUUGCCAGGAUGUACACCAGGACAGACCUCCCCAUCAUGGCCACUGUGGCCUUGGGCAUUAUCACAGCUUUUGUGACAUUCUUCUUUGGACUCACCGCUCUUGUGGAACUCAUGUCGAUUGGGACCCUGCUUACAUACUCCCUGGUGGCUAUUUGUGUUCUCAUCGUCAGGUAUCAGCCUGAAAUGAAGGAUGAAGAUGAUGCAGCAGGGGCGCAGCGGAACAGCGGACCUGUGCUGGAGAAGCUGACCAUGUGGGGACUCUUUUAUCCAGGCAGCCCCACCCCCACCGCAUUCUCUGGCCUGGUUGUCUACGUUUGCUCCUCACUGCUUGCCCUGCUGCUGACUCUUCUUGGCCUGGCGCUGGCUCAGUGGCCAGUUCUGCUGCUUUCCGGAGAUGCAGUACUGAUUAUAGUGGUUGUGCUGCUCCUGGUGCUCAUCACUGGGAUCACUGGGGUCAUCUGGAGACAGCCACAGAGCUCCACUCCCCUUUACUUUAAGGUCCCUGCUCUGUCUCUCCUCCCACUCCUGAGCAUCUUUAUGAAUGUUUACCUUAUGAUGCAGAUGGCAGCUGGCACCUGGAUCCGAUUUAGUGUCUGGAUGCUGAUUGGGUUGGCUAUCUACUUUGGCUAUGGGAUCCAGCACGCACGCAGGAUUAAACCCACUUCAGUCAGGGCACAAACGGAUGACCUUGAACUCAACAGUGCCAGUACAAGUUCGAUUUGA